UUUCAGUGUAAAGCUUCAGUUUGAUUUUGCUCUCAGUGAGUCAGCUUCCACACGAUUAUAUCUGGAUUUACUGUUUAUUUUUUCCUGAAGUUUUUCUGCCUCCAGCCUGAGUUCAAGAGUCUUCUCAGAGCCCAGCGAGCGCUGUGAGUGACCCGCUGCUGACGGCUCAGGGGCCUGAAUGAAUUUCCAGUUUUAGAGAAACCAAAAGUUGUAGCUCCUUCAGCAGGAUGCUGAUGAGACCAAGACUGCUUCUGUUUCUGGCUUUAUUCGCCCAAGUUUUAAAGACCCAAUGUCGGUCCGCCAACUCUGACAAAGAGCGCUCUCCUCACAGGCCGAUCCUGCAGGCCGGCCUGCCAGCUGAUCGCACCGCAGUGGUGGGCAGCGAUGUGGAGUUUAAGUGCAAGGUGAUCAGCAACCCUCAGGCUCACAUCCAGUGGCUGAAGCACAUCAAGGUCAACGGGAGCUCAGUUGGUCCUGAUGGAACACCGUAUAUUCGUGUCCUGAAGACCUCCGGCCUUGACACCACAGACAAGGAAAUGGAAGUCCUCCACCUGAGAAAUGUGUCUCUUGAUGACGCUGGGGAGUACACCUGCUUGGCGGGAAAUUCUAUUGGGAUCUCCUAUCACUCUGCCAGGUUGACUGUUGUUGAAGCAACAGAAGGAGAGAGAAAGAAAGUGGACACCAUGCCGCCGCAAAGUCCCCCAUGCCGGAUUCAAAAUCAGUCAACCAGGGCGAAGACCGGGCCUGAAGACACGGCACGCACUCCACCAGAGCGCUCUCCUCACAGGCCGAUCCUGCAGGCCGGCCUGCCAGCUGAUUGCACCGCAGUGGUGGGCAGCGAUGUGGAGUUUAAGUGCAAGGUGAUCAGCAACCCUCAGGCUCACAUCCAGUGGCUGAAGCACAUCAUGGUCAACGGGAGCUCAUUUGGUCCUGAUGGAACACCGUAUGUUCAUGUCCUGAAGACCUCCGGCCUUGACACCACAGACAAGGAAAUGGAAGUCCUCCACCUGAGAAAUGUGUCUCUUGAUGACGCUGGGGAGUACACCUGCUUGGCGGGAAAUUCUAUCGGGAUGGCUUAUCACUCUGCCAGGUUGACUGUUGUUGAAGGUGAACCGGAGGUGAAGCCAUAGCAGCCAGUCUCUCUGCAACACUUCCUUCAGUCUCUGGUUUCUAAAAUGAACUCACAAAAUGUCAUGAAAAGGAAAUAUGCUGCCACAUUUUCCUUAAUAAAAAGAAAAACACAACCAUG